AUGGUCAGGACAAAAACAACUCCAACUCAUAGCACUGUUGUCAAAGCUGCUGGAACAUUGAAUGAUGCACCGAGCACUUACCAAGAUAUUCCCAGAAACGAGCCUGAAAAUGGCACUGUUAGGAAUCAGCGUGCUGAUGCUGCUGCUUCUACAGACGCAAACGAGAGAUCCUUGUUUGUUGGUCGCUAUUGCGGCGCACAUUCCCAUCCAGUAAGUUAUAUCCUCAAAUACAAAUCAUCAGCUGAACGUGAAUGCUUCAGACUUUAG